UUACACUGGAGAUGCAAUACCACUCUGUGUGAAGUCAUGUAACAGGGGAUGAAAAUGGCCGCAAUACUCAAUGUAUUUCUUUUAUUUCUAUUUGUUUCCAAGACUGUGACGUACACCCAACUUGUCAAUUCCAACACAAUCGCUGUAAGCAGUUCAACCUACCGAAGUUACGUGGCAUCACGGACUGUGGACGGUAAUACCGACCAGAAUCACACAAGUUGUUCUCACACCAAUGUGGGCAGUAGUAUCACAGAGGCGUGGUUACGUAUUGACCUUGGUACAGUCUACAGUGUCAAAUCAGUCAAGUUCUGGUACAGAGGGGACAGGGGAUCAGCGUACUACAACACAUUACGACUCCGUGGGUACUCUCUCCGUGUGUCCAAUGAUACCACUGUACCACCUCCAGAGUCAUCAUGUUACACAGAUCCAGGAAACGUCAUACUACCGACCAUUGUACAGGAGGACUGUGAGAGGACAGCUCGAUACAUCUGGAUUUAUCAGAACAAUUACCCAAAUAACGACCUGUGUCCAAUGCUUGCAAUAUGUGAAGUCCAGGUUUUCGGAUGUGAAACUGGACAUUAUGGGGAGAACUGCUCAAGUAAUUGUAAUCAUUGUAAGAACAACGCUACUUGUGGCAUACAGAAUGGAGAAUGUGAUAAUAAUGGAUGUGCUAGCCUUGUAUACCAGCCUCCGCUUUGUAAAGAAUGUUAUACUGGACAUUAUGGUGAGGACUGCUCCAUGAAAUGCGACCAUUGUAAAAACAAUGCUUCUUGUGAAAAACAGCAUGAAGAAUGUGAUAUCCUUGGCUGUGCUUACUCUGGGUAUCAGCCUCCUCUAUGUAAAGGUUGUAUUCUUGGGAUGUACGGUCUUCAUUGUGAGAGGAACUGUAGCCGAUACUGUGGGUUCGCUGACUGUGACAGAAAAACGGGCACCUGCUUAGACGGCUGUAAGAGUGGAUACAUCGGGAGUUUCUGCAACCAAACUUGUCCUAUUGGUAAAUACGGACCAAACUGCAGAGAAAUAUGUGGACAUUGUUACAACAACUCAGACUGUUACCAUGGUAACGGGACAUGUCUGGAGGGAUGUGAUCCCGGUUAUUGGAACCAUGAAUGUAAAACACCCUGCGGCGACGGCAGAUAUGGUCAGAAUUGUCAGUACACAUGCAGCGGAAACUGUGUAAAUGGAGAGGCGUGUGAUAAAACAAACGGAAGUUGUAGGUCCUGUGUCGAUGGAUUCCAGGGAUCUAAAUGUGACAGAGAUAUUCGCCAGUCACCAACAGAUUUAAAGAAGGAAAUGGAUAUAGAUCAUCUGAAGAUGGAAAGAAUGAUGCUAGAAAAUCAGAAAACAGAAAAAGAAAUCAAGAGGCUGGAGGCAGAGACAGAGGUUCUACGUGUUAGAAAGAACGUUUUACUAAGACUGCAAGGAAUACUAAGCGAACUCUCUGAAGUUGUUGUUCAGUUGCUAAAUGACAGUAACAUUUGACCGGUCAAUAUCUUUCAUACUAAAUUUAUUACAUUAGUUAAUAAUUUUUGUGUCUGUUUACGCGUCUGUUAAUGCAGGAUAUGACAUGUUAUGAUUUAAUAGAGUUUAAUUCACUAUAAUGGCAGAUCAAGUAGUGAAAACGAAUCAAUGCAUUUAUUGCUACUCAAUAUAUCUCCAAAAUAUGUAUUUCAGAGCCCUUGCAUUUCAUAUUCACCUCUGAAAUCAACUUAUUACGCAGAUUAAAAUGAGUGACCAUUUCUUCGUUAAAAUGUAAAGGAUUUCUUAAGGAACUUAUUUGUUAUUAGGAGCUGCUGAUUAGGAUGGUCUUGAACACACACAAUUCGAUACCUCGCAUGGUUUGGUAUCACGGCUUGAUAGAUUUUGUCAUUCUUCGCAUUUAUCUUAUUUAUAAGAAUAAAAAAUCAAACGACUCAGCUAUAAAAUACUCCCUGGUGUUUUAAUUUCUUUGAUUAGAAUAUAUGCUCCUGUGUGUUAGGAAAAUGACACUAUAAUCCACACAAUUUGUCUACCAUGUAACUGUGAUAUGAUGUAUCGUAAAGCAUGCUUUAUUUUUUUUGAGUUAUCUGAAAAAGUCAUGUAUUUACCUACAUUUUUAUACUUCAUUCUAUCGUCCACAUUUUUAACAGCGUAAUGUCUUUCAGGAUAUACAGUGUUUAAGUACUGCAUGCUUUCAUAAUGGUGCAUGCUAUUUUUUGUUGUUGUAUUUUACAGUUAUCUUAAAAGGGAAUACAAUUAC